GCCCUCUCUCCUCACAUGCCUUCUCUCCACCCUCUCUCCACCCUCUCUCUCUCUCUCCCAUCCAUUAGCAGGAGGAACAGAUCCCAGCAGAGGAGAAGAGGCGAGACAACCGAGGCAGACGGAGCAGAAGAAGAGAGAGGGAGCAAAGAAGACAGAAAGACAAGAAGAAGAGAAGCAAAGCAUCAUGGAUGUUUUCAAGAAGGGAUUCUCCAUGGCGAAGGAUGGAGUCGUGGCCGCUGCCGAGAAGACGAAGGCCGGAGUGGAGGAGGCGGCCGCCAAGACCAAGGAGGGGGUCAUCUAUGUUGGAAGUAAGACGAUGGAGGGAGUGGUGACAGGUGUGAACACAGUCUCCCAGAAGACGACCGAACAGGCCAACGUCGUGGCCGACACCGCCGUUUCCAGCGCCAACGAGGUCGCCCAGGCAACAGUGAAGGGGGUGGAGAACGCAGCGCUGGCGAGCGGAUUUGUCAACACGGAGGAGGCGGGACCAGUGGCUGAGGAGACUGACGUCCCACAGACAGAUGCAGGAGGAGAACAGACUGAACAAGCUGCACAGUAGACUCUGAACUUCCUGCCGUCACUGAACGAGAGAAGAAGAAUCUUCGUAUUUUUAGCUGUCGCGCUGCCCUUUGACCUCUGAGCAUCAUUAACCAAUAGAAACCCUCCUCAUCACCAUCAUCCUCCUCGUUCCUGGUACCAUGGUUUCACCGCCUCCACCCAUUGUUUUACAGUUUAACAAAUCCACACUCUCACCUGAUUGGCCGGUGUGGAGCAUGCGUGUCUUUUAAGCUCCGCCUCCUGACAGAGGGAUACCUGAAGCCUUUUAAAUGCACGUUGCUUUACUGACACACACACAGACCCACACUCACAAAUGAUUAACCCUCACACACACACACACACA